AUGAGCAGCUCCAACGCCUGCCGCUUCUUCCAGUCGCCGCAGGGAUGCUUCCGUGGGGCCUCAUGCACCUUCCGCCAUGACGGCGAGGCGGCCGCAAGCGACGUCCCGUUAAGCGCCGCCAAUCCUUACGUCAAUGGCUCAAUCCCCACGCCCACGCCCACUCAACCGCGCCCGUGUCACUUCUUUACGUCGGAGAAUGGCUGUCGCAAUGGAAGCAACUGCCCAUUCGUGCACGCUGCCGCGGAGACCAGCGGCCCGGAGGCGCCCGAGUUUGCAGUCUACGACGAGAUGUCGCCUCCAUUACCGCAGGACUUUCCCGUGGCGAUGGCCAGUGGUGGCGCUGUCUUUUACAACCACCCUGGACUGCCACGGCCCCCAAAAAGGAAACUGCAGAUUCAGGCCAACCCCCAGAAAAAAGAAACGAUCAGCGAGAUUUUGCCAGUGCUGACAAGGGACAUCGAGGGGCCGUUUUUCGCGAUUGACGUCGAGUGUGUUGCCACGGGCAGUGGCACGAAUGACCGUGAUGUAGCGCGUAUUGCCGUGGUGGAUGAGGACGAGAAGGUAGUGUUCGACCAGUACGUCAAACCUACCAAGCCCAUCGUAAGUUACCUCACACAGCUUACAGGGAUCACAAAGAGUAAUUUGGAGGAUGCACCAGAUCUAGAAGAAGCUCUCGUUCGCUUAAAGGCAAUUCUGCCGGUGGAAAGCGUUAUUGUGGGUCAGUCCAUCAAGAAGGAUCUAGAGUGGCUCACGCUUCAGAAGCCUACGGACUACAAGGGCGAGUUUGACGUGGCUGACCUGUUCCGACUACCCAUGCAGUCGACCAACGGAGUGGUGCGCUAUCGCUAUUUUUCGUUGCGUCACGUGGCCAAGUAUCUGCUUGGUCAGGAUAUUCAGGAAGCAGAUCACGACCCCGUAAUUGAUGCUCGGUAUGCCAUGAAAGUGUUCAAGAAAUUCCGUCAUUUGCAUGAGAAUCCGGGCCGACGUGACGCCGUGUUGCAGACUCUUCUGAAGACGCCACGCACCCCGUCUUUUGCAGAGCGAUACCCUGUGAUCGACGGCGUUUCGAUGCGUGCACCGCGGAAGCGAAGCACGUCGCCUUCAAUCCGAAACGCCAAUCGAGCUGCGACCGAACAAGCGCAACACGCCACAAAUGGAGGGUACAACCUCCACUAUCAGCAGCAUGGACAGCAGCCGCUGUAUUUGUGA